AUGAGCUCCCUCGAAUCCUACCUGCGCCCUGCGCUGCAAACCGCCCAGGACGCUCUCGUCACCGUCGUCGACAGUCUACAACUUCGCAAGGACGCGCCCUUCUCUCCGGACGUCCCCAAAGAACUCCUCGAAUCCAUGCCUGACCUCUCAGGCCGCUUACUCUUGACCUUUCCGUGGACAAAACCGAGACCAGUCGACCCUGCGCAGCACAGUGUCUGGAUCUUUGACAACACUGCACACCGCGUCCAGCCGUGCGCUAGCCCCUCAAGCUGUCGGCGACAUCCUCUAACUGCUACCAGAUCCCAGAACUCCAAAGUCGACAAGCACACGGCCGACCCGAAACUCAUUGCCGCUCCCAACGAACCUCUACCUCCGCCAUCCUGGGAAGUCGAGUAUGUAGCCGCAUACUUCUCGCGCGAGACCUGUCGCGACGCAUCACACGUUAUUGCCGACAUUGCUCGUCUGGUUGGUCUUGUCAGAGGCACUGCCAGCGAAGAAGAGUGUCUGGGUGAAAUCAAGGACAAGCUCGACAUUACUCCCAUCAAGAAGCGCCUCGAGCCUUUCCUGAACCCUAUCCUGCCCUGUCACACGAUCCGCGUCAAGAUUGCCGACACUGAGACUCAAACCCUGGGUCCGUCAACUUCGUCUGGCAUAUCCUCUGAUCUGCUCCGCCUGCACUUUGAUGCACCUGCUGGAACGCAACUCACAACGACCGCCGUCUCGGACCCUUCACCUUGCUUUGCAAUUCCUGGUCGCACCGUGCUGGCCGAGCUCACAGGCUGGGGAGUCAUCUCGGACAUUGACGACACCAUCAAGAUCACCGGCACGCUGUCUCCUAUCGCCGUCCUCAAGUCAACCUUUAUCGAUGCGCCCACGCCGGUAUAUGGCAUGCCUCAACUGUAUUCUGAUCUAGUGAAGCUGCUUGCCGACCCCAUCUUCUUCUACCUCUCAGGUUCCCCUUACAAUCUGUACCCUUUCUUGCGCAACUUCCGCAAAGAGCAUUUCCCUGAUGGCACCAUGAUUCUCCGCGACGCUUCCUGGCAAAAUCUAGGAGGCCUAAUCAGCAGCUUGUCGGUCAACGUGCAAGAAUACAAAGUGGACAGGCUGGAGAAGAUGCAUACUUGGUUCCCUCAACGUCAGUUCAUCUGCGUUGGCGACAGCACGCAGAAAGACCCAGAGUCCUAUGGCGAGAUUGCCAGACGCCAUCCGGGCUGGGUCAAAGCCAUCUACAUUCGCCGUGUGCCAGAUGAAAAUGAGAUUCAGGGUGCUUUGAACCCAGACAGAAACUCUACUGCGCGCUUUGAGAAGGCUUUCAAAGGACUCGAAAGCAAGAUGUGGUUGGUCUUCGACGAGGCCGACGAGGUGAGGAAAAAUGUUCAACUUUUGGCCAAGUAG